AUGCCCGGUAAGGAGGGAGGCAAGGCUAAGCCUCUUAAAAAGGCGAAGAGCAACAAGGGCGAGCUGGACGAUGACGACAUCGCUUUCAAGGAGAAGCAGAAGGCUGACGCUGCCAAGCUGAAAGCUUUGAAGGAGCAAGCUGCUGGCAAGGGGUUUGGAGCCGGGAUGAAGAAGUCCGGUAAGAAGUGA